ACUCGACUGGAGAAAAGAGAAAGAGGGAAGAGAAAGAGAUCGCGGGAUCAUCAUCGGUGAAGAGAAAAUGGCCUCGAGCUGUUCCAUCCGGUGUGGUUCGAGAAAUAUCCUGGUGAAUGCUGCUACAACGUUCCUCGCUCUCCUCGUCGUUCUCCGAUGUUUCGCCAACGCCGAGAAGCCACCUCCGUGCCAGAGCGACGUUUACUGCCGAGGCGAGUUGCUGCACACGAUACAGAUGGCCUCGAUCUACAAGGACUCGAAAACGUUCGUCGACAUGAAGAUGAAACAUCCGCCACACGAGACGUUGAAGUUGUUUCGAGAGUUCAUGGAUCGGCACGAUCAGAUGCCCACCAGGCACCAGAUCGAGCGAUUCGUGAACGACACGUUCGACCCGGAAGGGUCCGAGUUCGAGGAAUGGGAUCCGGACGAUUGGACGUUCAGGCCCAAGUUUCUCUCGAGGAUUCUCGACGACGAUCUCCGAAACUUCGCCUCGGAUUUGAACAGUAUUUGGAAAAUGUUGGGACGAAAGAUGAAGGACGACGUCCGAGUGAACGAGGAACUGUACUCGAUCAUCUACGUGCCGAAUCCGGUCAUCGUCCCCGGCGGCCGAUUUCGUGAAUUUUAUUACUGGGACUCGUAUUGGAUCGUGAAAGGAUUGCUCCUGUCGGAGAUGUACACCACCGUGAAAGGAAUGUUGAGCAAUUUCGUCUCCCUGGUGGACAAGAUCGGUUUGAUCCCGAACGGAGGCAGGAUAUAUUACGUGAUGAGAUCCCAACCGCCCAUGUUGAUCUCCAUGGUCGACGAGUAUCUGAAGACCACUCACGAUUACGAGUGGCUCGAGAACAAUCUUUACCUCCUCGAGAAGGAGUUCGAUUUUUGGAUGACCAAUCGGACGGUCGAGAUCGAGGUGGACGGUGUCAAUUACGUAAUGGCCAGAUACAACGAGGAAUCGUCCGGUCCUCGGCCGGAAUCCUACAAAGAGGAUUACCUCACCAGUCAAAGUUUUCGCACCAACGAAGAGAAGGACAAUUAUUACGCGGAGUUGAAAACGGCUGCCGAAUCCGGUUGGGAUUUUUCCAGCCGUUGGUUCAUACUGGACGGCACGAACAAAGGUAAUCUGACCAACUUGAAAACGAGAUACAUUAUCCCGGUCGAUCUGAACACGAUAAUAUAUCGGAACGCGAUGCUGCUGGCGAAGUACAAUCAGAGGAUGGGGAACGAGUCGAAGGUUGCGUAUUACCAGAAGAGGGCGGCCGAAUGGAAGAGGGCGAUCACGGCUGUGCUGUGGCACGAAGAGGUCGGCGUCUGGCUCGACUACGACAUGCUGAACGACAUCAAGAGGGAUUACUUCUAUCCGACCAAUAUCCUUCCCCUGUGGACCGAUUGUUACGACCUCGCCAAGAGGGAGGAGUACGUGUCCAAGGUGCUCAAGUAUCUGGAGAAGAACAAGAUAAUGUUGAAUCUGGGCGGUAUACCGAGCACGCUCGAGCACUCGGGCGAGCAAUGGGAUUAUCCCAACGCCUGGCCCCCCCUCCAAUAUUUCGUGAUCAUGGCGUUGAACAACACCGAGGACCCGUGGGCACAGAGGCUCGCCUACGAGAUAAGCGAGCGAUGGGUACGAAGCAACUACAAGGCGUACAACGAGACGCACAGUAUGUUCGAGAAGUACGACGCGACCGUCUCGGGCGGGCACGGAGGCGGUGGCGAGUACGAGGUCCAGCUAGGUUUCGGUUGGAGCAACGGGGUCAUCUUGGACUUGCUGAACAGGUACGGGGACAAAUUGACGGCCGAGGAUCGUUUCGUGGCCACCUUCCAUUCCAACUCGACCCCUCAACCGGUCGUCGUCUCGACCGCCGGCCAAGUCAUGACCGGUAUUCUCGCCCUCGUCAUAUCCUUGGCCGCGGGAUUUAUCGGAAUGGUGGUGUACAAAAGGCGGCAUUACUACGUACCGGGCCCGUCCACGAUGCCGAACAAGAGGAAAGUGAUCUCGCCGAGUGGGAAUCUUUAUCGAAAGAGGAUCGCUUACACCGAGCUCAAGGACAUGAACAACUAUUGA